AUGGUCUUGGUCUCUCUCUAUUCCUUGUUUCUUGCUGGGCUGGGAGUUGGGCUUAAUGGAAUAGAGAACUUAUUUGGGCCUUUUAUCUCCACAGAUGCUGAUGUCGGGAAGUUGGUUGAAAACGCUGUUAAUCGUGGCGUGAGAGAGCUAUUUUUCACGCUUGAGUGGUCCGCAGAUCCAGCCAUAUUGCCUAAGAGCCUUAACACAUGCAAAAGUCUCUUUCAUCUGAAACUCUCCCACAAUAUCCUAGUUGAUUUUCCUACUUCUUCUUGCUUCCCAUCCCUGGAAAAACUCGAACUUCAAUAUGUGAUGUAUAAAGACGAGGCUUCUCUCGUUAACCUCUUAUCGAGCUGCCCUGUUCUUGAGUCCCUUGUUGUGAAGCGUAAUGAAGAUGACAACGUUGCCAAGUUUAGUGUGAAAGUGCCUUCAUUACGGUUCUUAUUGUACUCUAAUGACAACAAGUCAAUGACAGAUGAGAAUGAUGUAGUAGAUGCCGGUAGGUCUUUAGUUAUGGAUACUCCGGCAUUAUCACAACUUAACAUUAGUGACUGUUCAGAAGACUCCUGGUCGAUCAAGAAUAUGCCUUGUCUCCAGGAUGCUCAUAUUAGUGGUCAGAGUUUCCAUGAUACAAGCAAGUUGUUAAGAUCUGCUUCUGCGGUCUCGUCUCUUGGGUUGCAUUUGACAGAUGAAUUGGCUGUGUAUUGUAGCACCAACGAAUUCCCACAGCUGAUAGAGUGUACCAUUACACCAUGCGACUCAGAUUGGAUGGAUUCACUCCUUCUUUUUCUUGGAAAUACUCCUAAACUAAAAAAAAUUACUGUUGACUAUAGAUUAACCUAUGAACCUCCUCCCGUCUCUGCUUCAUGGAUGCCACGGUUCCCUCAUCCAGAAUGCUUGUACUCAUGUCUGGAGAACUUUGAGCUGAUAGACUAUGGAGGAAGAGAAGAGAAGAAGGAAUUGGUAGAAUACAUCCUAAUAAUGUCUGAGUGUUUAAAGAUUACUGCCACAAUCUCCAUGAGGUCCAAUCUUGAAGACAAAGAGACAAUAAUGGAGACGCUGAAUUCUUUAUUCUUAAGUUUCAAUAACAUCUCAUUUUCUGUUCAAACCUAA